AUGAAACUACAUUUUAUGCCUGAUGAUGCAAUUUAUAUCAUUAACUUCUCAACAAGUAUCCUUCUUUCAAGAAAUUUUAAUAAAGCAUAUCAUCAUGCAUCAUCAGUGUGCUGUAUCAAAGAUAAAAAUUAUUGUCUACUUGAGUUUAUGCAUAACCAUGGCGUAGCUUUUGACUGUGCACAAGCCAAGGAUUUUCAGAUUUCUUUUGCGUUUGUGAAAUUCAUGAUAUUAGUCAUUCUUAUGCUAAUUUUCAGCCGCUUUGGCCGAUUUAUAAGCAAGUUGCGGAAAAUCAAAAUGCUGAAAUAUUCUCUGCAAAUAGGCUCCUUGUUAUUCUGGGGACUAGUCUCCUUACAGCUAGGGUAUGCUGAUGUGUUAUUAAGUUUUACUCUUUUACAUCAUUCUACUGUUAAGUGUAUGCAAUUUCUUUAUUAUAAAUGGAACAGACUGGCCUUUCCAUGACGUUAGGAGCGUUUUUGGCUGGUUUGCUUCUUGCGGAAACGUAAUUUUCUUUACAGGUUGAAUCAGAUAUUGCUCCAUAUCGUGGCCUUUUAUUGGGUCUGUUCUUCAUGAUGGUAGCAAAUUACUUCUUUCUAUAAGAUUCAUUUAUUGUCUAAUUUAACUAAUAAAUUACUUUUUCUUUCUAGAAGAUCCAGUCUUCUUACAGAAGCAAUGAAAAAAUUACUCGUCCAUGCAAGUAGAACGCUAUCAAUUUUAACAGAUUGAUAUGAUCACAGUAUUGAUGAACAGGAAUAGUUUGCUCCGAUACCUCUGGUUAACAGCCAUUGUUCUUUGGGUUUCAGGUUGGAAUGUCAAUUGAUCCAAAACUUUUUGUUUCAAAUUUUCCGGUAAUUAUGGGGACAUUACCUCUUUUAAUUGGUGGCAAGACUAUAUUGGUUGCUGUAGCAGGUAGACUUUUUGGUAUUUCAAUAAUAUCUGCAAUAAGAGUUGGUCUUCUACUUGCUCCGGGUAGAGAGUUUGCAUUUGUGGCUUUUGGUGAAGCUGUUAAUCAGUUGAUAGGAAGGAAAUACCUUAAAGUUGAUACUCAAGACUCAAGAGGAACUGUCAAAGGCAAGUGCUUGGACAGAAAAAAAAAUUACUUGCGUGGAUUUGGGAUCGGGCCACAACCCUCUUCCACAUUUGAUGCUGCGGCACGAGCUCGUGAUCAACAGAUGGAUGCAAUGAGAGCUGAGAUGGAGGCUCUUCAUGAGGAGCGGCAACGAGAUCAUGAAGAGCUGAUGAGGGUCAGAGAGGAGGGCAAGAGAGAUCAUGAAGAGAUGAUGAGGGAGAGAGAGGAGUUGAUGAAACAAGCCGAAGAUGGGAAAAAAGCUCGGGAGGCACAAGUACAACUCAAUCAUUUGAACAACAUGGUCUCACGGCUCACAAGCCUCUUGCAGCCUUGAGAUGGUUCAUUCUACUAUUUGAUGGUUUUUGUCGUGGAAUUUUGGAUACGGCUUUUUUUUGUCUACGGAAGACAUUGGUUUUUGUCUACGGAUUACUAUUGUUUGUACAGAUAACUAUUUGUGCGGUACAGAUUACUUUUUUUGCGUGGUACAAUUUACUUUAUUCACGUGGUACAUAUUACUUUCAACUUGGCAUGGUACAUAUUACCUUUUGGCAUGAUAUUGUAGAUAUUACUUUUUUGUGUGCAGAAGAUAUGGUUUUUGUAUAAUCCUCUAUUUCAUAUGGAAUUUUAUUUUUGAGGUUGGAUUAUGAUUGG